UACUGAGAAAACCAAUGCCAUUCUCCAAUUAUUCCGUCCGUCUUCUUGUUAUCUGUUUUGAGUGGGAGAAAGGAAGGGGAGACGGGGCAUGGCGAAGCUCAGACUUCAAGCCCCACUUAUGGGGAGUGAUGAGAGGAAGGAGAAGAAGAACACCUGGAGCAGAGCUCUGGGGUUGCUUCUUGUUUUGCUAAUAGUCUCAAUUGUAGGUGUUGCUUUUAGAGAGAAUAUAGCUAGGUGCAUACUGAGCCAAGAAAAGAAACAAAAUGGGAGGAUCAAUCACAAUUUGAGUGACAUUGUUGAGUCCGAACGAGGUGUUGUUGCUGCGGAUGAUGGUCGGUGUUCUGAAAUUGGUGCAUCCAUGCUUAGACAAGGUGGACAUGCUGUUGAUGCUGCUGUGGCAACUGCACUCUGUCUUGGCGUUGUUAAUCCAAUGGCAAGUGGAAUAGGAGGUGGAGCUUUCAUGAUUGUCAGGUCUUCAUCAACUUCAAAGACUCAAGCUUUUGACAUGAGGGAAACUGCUCCCUUAGCUGCUUCAGAGAAUAUGUACGGGAGUAACCUCACGGCCAAAUAUGUUGGUGCAUUGUCAAUGGCAGUUCCUGGUGAGAUAGCUGGCCUUCAUGAAGCUUGGUUGCAGUAUGGACGUUUGGCUUGGAGGACCUUGUUCCAACCUGCCAUCAAACUUGCGAGAGGAGGUUUUGAGAUUGCUCCUUAUCUUGGUUUACAUAUAUCUCAGUUUGCAGAUAUGAUCAUGAAUGACCCUGGUUUGAGCCGAGUGUUUGCACCAAAGGGGGAGUUGUUACAAAUAGGUGACAUAUGCUACAAUCCGGAACUAGCUGGGAGUCUAGAUGCAGUGGCAGAACAAGGGCCUCAGGUCUUUUACAACGGGACCAUUGGUGAGAGAUUAGUGAGGGAUGUGAAGGAGGCUGGUGGGAUUUUAACAAUGGAUGAUUUGAGGAAUUACCAGGUAAAAGUUACAGAUGCAGUUACUACUAAUGUGAUGGGCUACUCUAUCUCAGGAAUGCCACCUCCUUCAAGUGGAACGCUUGGGCUGUCUUUGGUAGUAAACAUUUUGAAUAGUUAUGGAAGUUUCUAUGCUGCCAAUAGAAGUCUUGGCCUACAUCGCUUGAUUGAAGCAAUGAAACACAUGUUUGCUGUUCGGAUGAAUCUAGGUGACCCUGAUUUUGUGGACAUAAUCGAGUAUAUCCGCAAAAUGCUAUCCCCAGCUUUUGCCAAGCAAAUUCAGCAAAAGAUAUUUGAUGACACUACUUUUCCUCCAGACUACUAUCUUCCCAGAUGGAGCCAGCUUAGAGACCAUGGAACCAGUCAUUUGUGUGUUGUAGACUCAGAUCGUAAUGCUGUAUCGAUAACAUCAACUGUAAAUUUUGUCUUUGGAGCUGGGGUGCUCUCUCCUAACACUGGUAUUGUGCUCAACAAUGAGAUGGGGGACUUCUCAAUACCCACAGAGAAAUCACCCGAUUUGCUCCCUCCAGCUCCAGCCAAUUUUAUCAGGCCAAACAAAAGACCAUUAUCUUCCAUGACUCCCCUCAUAAUCACCAAGAAUGACCAAUUGGUUGGAGUUGUUGGUGGUAGUGGAGGAAUGCACAUUAUUCCUGCGGUAGUUCAAGUCUUUCUUAACCAUUUCAUUAUGGGAAUGAAGCCUCUAGCCGCGGUUCAGCAUCCCAGAGUGUACCACCAGCUAAUUCCAAAUGUCGUCUUGUACGAGAACUGGACUGUGAUUGAUGGUGAUCAUAUCGAGCUUGACAACGAGACAAAGAUAUUCUUGAAAGCUAGACACCAUAAACUCGAAGCCAGGGCAGGAGGAGCCAUUGUUCAACUGAUUGUUCAAGAUUUCCAAAAACCAGUUACUAGUACGAGUCGUAGGAUUGGAAAAGAGUCUAAUAAUGCUCAGGUUCUGCAUGGAACCCUUACUGGAGUUAGUGACCCCAGAAAAGACGGGAAGCCUGCAGCUGUUUGAUGCGGGAGGCAGUGGUUUAGGAAAUUUGUAGGAGCGGUCUGAAAAGACACUCUUACAAGAGUCAUAUAAAAAUCUCUCCUGUUCAUUACUUAUUAUUCAUGCCUCUGUUAAACAAAUAUUAAUUAUACAAAAUACACAAGGACAGAAGCAUAAGGGGGGAAAGUAAAAUAACAGCAAGCGGUCUCCGAAGCAAUCCACUAAGCAUCACUUCAGAUUUCCCAGCUACUAGAAACACGAGGUUAUAAUAUGUAUAUAUACUAUAAAGGGUGUGGAAUAUUGCUUAAAACUAUUCAAGACAACCAAUUUUUUAAAUCAGCUUGGUUAAUUAA